GGUAAGUUGGAGAAGGCAUGAGUAUACCGUGCUCCCUCUUGUGGCUAUUUGGUGGUAUUACAACUGGCUGGCUAAAUCUUGUCUGACUGACAAGAGUGAUUAAAAAAACAUCUGCAACAUAAAACCCGUUAUUAAAAAUAAUAUUUUGACGUGUUUGUGUCACACGCUGACACAUUUCUUAAUGUUUUCUACUGAAUAACUUUUGAAAACAGUUCUUGCAAAGAUGCAACUCAUGUUUAGGAGCAUGGAAACAACUAAAACACGGUGGAUAGGGAAUGUCGAGGACCAGAUCCAGGUCUGAAUUAUUAACAAUGUUUGUUUUAGCUUAAAAGUAAAACUAAAACACAGCUGUGUUUCAAGGCUUUGAGGAGCAACAAAAGAUGCUCCUAAAACCGUCCAAAUUUAUUGCAACAUUUUUUCUUAACAUUACAAUCAAAGCAUCUCCAGUUCACAUGGGUGAUAUUCAGACCGGCACAGAAAGCACCUCGAGUUCAUCUAUAUUAGCAGAAGGAGCAAGUCAUUCAUUGCACUCCACAACCACAUUGAAUCAAUAGUUUUAUUGUCAUUGUUUUAAUAAAGGUGUAGCAUGAACAAAACAUGGAGGAUAAUAGUCAUUAAGUGACUAUUUUUAGAAACUUCAAACAAAAACAACAUGACUGGCAACAAGUUAAGCAUUACAUGAAGCUAUAAUGACUAAAUCAGCACCUUCCCAACACUUUUAUUUGCUUCUCAGAGCUGCUAAAAAUAAAAGUAACAACAUCAAAAGUUUCUAUCACAUUCUUUAUAGAAAGUAAGAUUUUUUAGUUUGUUUGAAGUUCAUAAAUAAUAAAAUUGGUCAGAUUUAUAUAAAAAAAAAUCAUAAAGAAAAAAGUAUUUUACUUGUUUUUCGUGGCUUUUGAAGAGACCAUCUAAAAUAAUAAAAAUAUAACACAUGUUAUGUGUGUUUUAUUCUGCUCCAGCAGGUGGGGCUAGUGCGCCUUUACGCUGGUUACCGACCACCGGAAGAAGCAGAAACCGGAAGCUGCUAGCAGAGCAGCUAGCUUGUUGUUGCUCUGAAAUCUUCUCACCAGGCUGUGGAAACUUUCUUCUCCUCCUCAACAACUUGGUGGAGUUCUUUCCAGAACCAGAGAAGAUAUUCUGCGGUCUUCGUGACAAUCGGAGCUCCAGAAUCAGCUGUUAGCUAAACACGGCUAAAGAAAACCUGCUACCACUUCAGGAUCAUCCAUCAGCUGGGACUGAUUCAUCGUGUGUUCUUCACCACCUGGACCUGGACAGCAUGGACACAGAUGUUCAACAGCUGGUGCUGGUUAAAGAAGAAGAUCCUGAAGAACAGAGUGCUGGUGUGGACCAGCAGGACCCAGAACACCUCCACAUAAAGGAGGAACAGGAGGAGCUCUGGACCAGUCUGGAGGGAGAGCAUCUCUGUUUGAAGGAGGAGACUGAAGCUGUCGGGUCUCCUGUUACUGCUGUUUCUAUAAAGAGUGAGGAUGAUGAAGAGAAACCUCUGGUCUCACAGCUUCAUCAGCAGCAAAUAGAAGACAGAGAUGUUCCAACCAGCAGCUCAGCUGACCAGAUGGCAGCAGAAACUGGUGGAGGAGCAGGAACUAGCAGGAACCCAGAUCUGAACCCUCAUGAACAAACAUCUGAUUCUUCAGAGACUGAAGUUAGUGGAGAUGAAGAUGAUGAUGAUGUGAAUCUGGACUCUGAGCUGUCAGACUCUGGGUCUGAAACUGGAGAUGAAGAUGAUGACUGGAAUGAGAGCAGGUCUUCUGAGUCAGAUGAUUCAAGGAAUAGAGGGGAGACGGAUGAGAAACCUCUGCUCUUACAUUUCCACAACCAUCAAAUGAAAGACGGAGGUGUCCCAACCAGCAGCUUGGCUGGGCUGAUGACAGCAAAAGUUGGUGGAGGAGCAGAAACUAGCAAGAACCUAGAUCUGGACCCUAAUGAAAAGACAUCCGAUUCUUCAGAGAUUGAAGUUGGUGGAGAAGAUGAAGAUGAUUUGAAUCUAGACUCUGAGCGUUCAGACUCUGGACCUGAAACUGGAAACAGAGACCAUGGCUGUAAUGAGAACAAGUCUUCGGAGUCAGAUAUUAAGACAGUCAACAAAUCAUUUAGCUGCCCUGUGUGUGGUAUACAGUUCCUCCACAAGUGGUCUCUUCAGAAACAUGUGAGAGUGACAAGUCAUUCAGCAGUAAAGUCUUCAGAGUGUUCGGUUACUACAAAAUGUGUGAAAGAGAAGCAACAUGGAGGCUCAUGCAGAAAAGUCCAGAAACAACCGAAAUCAUUUAGUUGUGAUGCCUGUGGGAAAAGAUUUAGCCAAAAGCCCAGUUUAACCCAUCAUAUGAAAGGCCACACCGGGCAGAAGCCUAUUGCGUGUGACCUCUGUGGACAAAGAUUUGGCCAUAAAAAAAGUUUAAACACACACAUAAGAGUCCACACAGGAGAUAAGCCUUUUGCCUGUGAGCUCUGUGGAUACAGAUGUACCCAAAAGGCAAAUUUAAACAAUCACAUGAAAGUCCACACAGGAGAGAAGCCUUUUGCUUGUGAGCUCUGUGGUCAAAGAUUUAGCCACAAAAAUAGUUUUAACGUCCACAUGAGAGUCCACACAGGAGAGAAACCUUUUGCCUGUGAGCUCUGUGGUCAAAGAUUUAACCGUAAAGAUCAUUUAAACGGCCACAUGAAAGUCCACACAGGAGAGAAACCUUUUGCCUGUGAGCUCUGUGGAAAAAGAUUUAGCCAUAAAAAUAAUUUAAACAAACACAUGAGAGUCCACACAGGAGACAAACCUUUUGCCUGUGAGCUCUGUGGAUACAGAUGUACCCAAAAGGCAAAUUUAAACGAUCACAUGAAAGUCCACACAGGAGAGAAACCUUUUGCCUGUGAGCUCUGUGGACAAAGAUUUAGCCAUAAAAAUAAUUUAAACGAUCACAUGAAAGUCCACACAGGAGAGAAGCCUUUUGCUUGUGAGCUUUGUGGUCAAAGAUUUAGCCAUAAAAAUAGUUUAAAUGUCCACAUGAAAGUCCACACAGGGGAGAAACCUUUUGCCUGUGAGCUCUGUGGUCAAAGAUUUAGGCGUAAAGAUCAUUUAAACGACCACAUGAAAGUCCACACAGGAGAGAAACCUUUUGCCUGUGAGCUCUGUGGACAAAGAUGUAGCCAUAAAAAUAAUUUAAACAAACACAUGAGAGUCCACACAGGAGAGAAACCUUUUGCCUGUGAGCUCUGUGGACAAAGAUUUAGCCGAAAACAUAGUUUAAACGACCACAUGAGAGUCCAUACAGGAGAGAAACCUUUUGCCUGUGAGCUCUGUGGAUACAGAUGUACCCAAAAGGCAAAUUUAAAUGAUCACAUGAAAGUCCACACAGGAGAGAAGCCUUUUGCCUGUGAGCUCUGUGGUCAAAGAUUUAGCCAUAAAAAUAAUGUAAACAAACACAUGAGAGUCCACACAGGAGAGAAACCUUUUGCCUGUGAGCUCUGUGGUCAAAGAUUUAGCCGUAAAGAUCAUUUAAACGACCACAUGAAAGUCCACACAGGAGAGAAGCCUUUUGCCUGUGAGCUCUAUGGACAAAGAUUUAGCCCAAAAAUAGUUUAAACACACACAUGAAAGUCCACACAGAAGAGAAACAUUUUGCCUGUAAGCUCUGUGGACAAAGAUUUAGCCAAAAGACACAUUUAAAGAGACAUACGAGCAUCCACACAAGACUCGAGGGAUUUAUUUAACUGUACUUCCAAAAUUACUAUUUAGUUUUUUUACAACCUUAAUAUUAGUCUUGUACCUCUGCUCUACUGUCGUUGAUCAAGUCCGUACUCAGCCCUUGAGCCACCUCUUCUUUUGAUUUUAUUUUUCAAAUCUCCUUUGUUUUUUAAACUCAGAUCUUAACCAAACAUUUGAGAUGUUCAUUCAUGAAUUCUGAAUACAAAAAAACAUUACUUAAAGAUUAAGAAAAAACUGUUAUACCCUCCUGUAUUUAAGAAACAGACAAGACAACGGGCCCAUGAUGGUUGUAGUACAUAACCCACUGUCGGCAACAAGAUGGUGCCUGUGCUUGCCUUAGCCGCAUUCACCGGCCUCUUUUUCAAACUUUUCUCCACCUUGCUCCUGUCUGCGAUCCUCUUCAGUAGUGUCCCUGCUACCAUCUCCUAUGAUAGCCAGACUCUUUUGUCCUUCCGUUCGUUCACGAUCACCCAAGAUGCACCGGGGACGUACCUCCCUGUUUGUUUAUCUGAGUGGCGCACUGGCCUGGAGCCAAACGACGGUCCCGACCUGCGCGCCUCCAGCGAGUUUGUCCGGUCUCGGGAAACGUCGGAGGAAAAGAGGUAAAUGAGCAGGAAUCCAGGUGAGAAUAAGACUUCUCUUAAAGCGUGGUUUAUCUAGUAAACAUCGGCGUGAUCUUCUAGCUUCUCUUCCUUUGUUUGGUGACUUGAGCGCCACUUCCGCAUUCCCGCCAGGCCGCGUUGCGGCGCGGUUCAUCCGUCCAAGUUUUUUAAGGUGGGUUUAUCCUCAUUCCUCAGUGGUUUCUCCUCCGGUUCCCUCCAUAAGUGGUUUUUAUAAACACAGUGGAUCUAACCCUGCUAAUUUACGUCCACUAACUCCAGCUGUUUCUGUAGUUUCUGAUUCCUCCAUCUCACUCAGCAUGGCUCUAUUAAAUACCCGCUCUGUUAACAAUAAGUCCUUCCUGCUCAAUGAUCUAAUUCUGUCUAAAAACCUGGAUUAUCUGUUUCUGACUGAAGUUUGGCAGCAAACAUCUGAUUAUUCUGGUCUGAUUGAACUCUGCCCGAGUGGUUAUUCUUUUCUUAGCCAGCCCAAGGGUUCUGGUCGUGGUGGAGGCCUAGCUGUUGUUUUCAGAGACCAUCUUCCAUGUAGCUCUACAACCUCUGGUCACUUUGCUUCCUUUGAACUGCAGCUGAUUAAAGUCGGGCGUAAGGACCCGUUCUACUGUGCUGUGGUCUAUCGUCCACCUGGUCCAAACAGUUCUUCCCUUCAGGAGUUUAGUGACUUUCUAUCCUCCACUGUGAAGCUGUCCAGACUGGUGAUUGUUGGUGACUUUAACAUCCACGUUGAUGAUCCCUCUGAUCACUUUGCCAUGAAUUUCUCCAGCCCUAUGGACACCUUCGGCUUUACCCAGCAUGUUUCUGGCCCCACACACACCAGGGGGCACACUCUGGACCUUGUUUUUACCCGAGUCAAAAUGCUGACAGUGUUUGUCUUGAGGACGUUUAUAUUUCAGAUCACCAUUGCAUCUUCUUUAACUUGUCAGUUUCUGCGCCCCCACCUCCUGCUCGCCAUCUGGUUAGUUCUCGUUUUCUUAAUGAGAGCACAGCUAGCAAUUUUUCUGCUGCUUUUGAUCCACCCUGUUCUUCUGAUAACGACCCAGAUUCCUUAACUUCUCAGUUUAACGAGCACUGCCUCUCCAUUCUGGACAACAUCUGUCCUGUCAGAACCAGAUCAGGUCCUGCAGUGAACCCUACUCCCUGGUGCCAAUGCAGAAAAAUUGAGCGUUUGUGGAAGAAAGCCCAUCUCCACGUCCAUCUGCUGCACCUAAAGUAUCUUCUGACAUCCUUUAAUUCUGCAGUCAAAGACGCGAGGGUUUCCUAUUUCUCCAACCUGGUGUCCCAGAGCAAAGGGAACCCCAAGGUGCUGUUUAACACCAUCAGCAGCAUUGUCUCUCCUGCUACCCCUACAGCCUCCAUCCACUCUGUUGCAGAUUGUGAGAACUUUCUGUCUUUUUUUGUAGACAAUAGGGCUGUCGCGGUUGAGGAAUUCCCCCUGCGGUGAUUCAGGGUGGCUUAAUAUUGCGGUGUGCGAUAUUAUUGCAGCCCUUUUUUAUUGCAGUACUAUCUAAACAUAAUGUUUACACAUUUAAAAAAGGUUAAAAAUUGCCGUGCCUUCUUUUAUAACACUUUACUGAAUGCAGAUCAAAGGGCAGUAACAACACAGAUCGCAGUAACGUUUGUUUCUCCGACUGUCAGAGUCCGACUGAACUUAAAAACAACAAAAUUCAGGAGGUUAAACUUUUAAAUGCAAAUUUGGCUGCAGCAUCUAACAAAUAAGAAACAAGUCCCCCUUUUGUUUAGUUGUUUAAAAUCAAGCAUAAAAAAUUACAUGUACCGGGCGCGCGAGCGCACUAUCAUUUCACUUUCACACACACGAAUGACGGUGAUUUAUAGCUCGAUCACGACCUUGUUACCCACAAGGAAAACCAGCAUGUUAACCAUGUACGGUUUGAGAGAGGAUCUGAGAGGGGUGGCAACAUUUCCAGCAACACUGAAAACCUUCUCGGAUGGUGUGCUCGUUGCACUAACGCACACGUACUUGCGUGCGAGUAAAGGGAAUCUCUCCCGGUUGUUGCUCCACCAUGUCAGGGGGGUAUCUUUAGGGUGGAUGCAUUCCUCCUACAGGUAGCGAGUGAGCUCCAGCUCGGCUCAAACUCUCUUCUGGACGGCUGCAGAAGCAGUGCUUGUCCGGGACUUCAGCAGGUCUCCGAGCAUUUAUUUUUUAUUUUUUUGCCGCUGGUGGCAGCUCUGUCUCGGCCAAGGACUCUGGCUGCGCAGCAGCUGACGUACUGAAAACCAAAAUGCUCCCAAACGAGCGAAGUAACGUUUCGUUUUGAUACCAGUGCAGCCAUCCUUCUCAACAUGCAUCAUUGAGUUCAGUAAUCGCGGUGGCCCAUGAUGCAGCGCGGUGGGCUUCUUCAUAUUGCGAUAUUUCAUUUUUGCGGUUACCGUGACAGCCCUAGUAGACAAAGUCAGUAAGGUUAGAUCUAGCAUCUCUCCUUCAGCCUUAUCGCUGCCUCUCCCGACUCCAACCAGGCCAAUCAUCCUAGAUAGCUUUGCUCCUGUUUCUUUGCCUGAGUUAACCAAACUAGUUAACUCUAUGAAGACCUCUGCAUGCCCCCUCCACAUCUUACCCUCAUCUUUGUUUAAAAGUGCUUUUCAGUCCAUCGGUCCCAGCAUGCUCUCUAUAAUUAAUGCUUCUCUGGUUUCUGGUCAGGUCCCUGCUUACUUUAAGAACACUGUAAUCCACCCGCUUCUUAAAAAACCGAGUCUCGACCCCUCUCUCCAUAGCAGCUUCAGACCCAUCUCUAAACUUCCGUUCAUCUCCAAGAUCUUGGAAAAGGUUGUGGAUAAACAACUCACAGCUGCUCUUGAUGAACAUAACAUCUAUGAUAGCGGCCAGUCAGGUUUUCGUAGAGCUCAUUCUACUGAAACAGCUCUUCUUAGGGUCUCUAAUGACCUUCUGACUCACAGUGAUGCAGGGACGGUUCUGUUCUGGUCCUGCUGGACCUGACUGCAGCCUUUGACACUGUUGACCAUCACCUGCUACUGGAGAGGCUCAGAGACUGGGUAGGCCUAUCAGGAUCUCCUCUGGAGUGGUUCUCCUCUUAUCUCUCUGAGCGCUCCUUUUCUGUGGCCAUCUCCAUGUUUAGGUCCUCCACCACCUCCCUUACCCAUGGUGUCCCACAAGGUUCUGUGCUGGGGCCUCUACUCUUCCUCCUCUAUCUGCUUCCUCUUCAGCACAUCCUGAGCUCCUUCAAAGGAAUCUCCUACCAUCUUUAUGCAGAUGACAUCCAACUGUACAUCUCCUUUAAGCCCCAUGAGAUGUCUAAGCU